GCCAGAGAGCUACAUGUAAUGGCAAUUACAGACAUUAGACAAUAGGAGGAUAGGAUGUAAGUAUUUUAAUAAGGCCUUAGGUGGUGGGAGACAGGGACAAGUAAGCUUUGGGGACAGUGGAAAGGAGUAUCUUGGAAGGCUUAUAGUGAUGGAGCACUUGAACCUAGCCUCAGAAAAGCUUUUGGACAAAUGGAGAAACAGCAUGUUCCAGGAAGGGCAGAAGCCAGAAAUUUCAGCCAGUGUGGAUAUACACCAUGGGACUUACAGAUUUCCACAUCAAAAUGGAUCUGUAACUCUUCCACAUAAGAGUUUAUUUCAACUUUGGAACUGAGGUUUAUUAAAUGAACUGGUAACUGCUUCCUCAUUAGAUUGAGAGUCAGUGAAAGAAAAUUAUCUUGACAACUUCUUAAACUACCUUGUAAUAGUAUGCACUUGUUCAAUAUAGAUUGGUUGGGAAACUUGUGACUUAAAAAUGGUAGUUGGGAGAAAUUUAAAUAGAGAUUAUGUUGGUGAUAUUUGUCAGCUUGUUCAGACAGGCAGGGAUGAGAUACCCUUGGGAUGGGUGACUGGACAAAGCAUUUCAGUAUGUAACACUUGACUAGGAAUAAUGUGAAAAUUGAAAAUGUCAAAAUAAUGCCAUGUGCCUCCGAAAAAGUAAACCUGUGUAGGGGUCAGGAUUGUCUGGUUAGUGUAGCUUUUUUUGGCUCCAUGUUUUAAUAUAGUAAAGUGCAGGAUUGAGAUAUUUUAGCAUAAUAUAAAGGAAACCAAGCAGGGCUGCAGAAUAUUUUAAAUCUCAAAAUGUGUUGAAGUAAAAGUCUGAAUCAAGGUAUCGGUUUGCAGUAUGGUGGUUGUGGAUGUUUGUAGUAGCAGCUAGUCUUUUUAUUAACCAACAAAUCUUGACAUACCACUGAAAAUGUCAACAGGAAGAUGGGAGUUUGCCGAACUGAGCCCCUUUUUACAGUUUGUUUAAUUGUAUUUGGGUUCUCUAAAAAGAUGCUAACAAUUAGCAUGGUAAAAAAUUUAUUGGGAGGGAAUGAGAAAGACUUGAAGGAGAGGAUGUAGGAAAGGAUUGGGUACUAAUAGCACACAGCAGUUACAAAAGUUUCCUAAGUCCAGUGGUGGUCCUCAAGCCAAAGUUGCUGUUGGAAGAGUCCCAUGUUUCACAGAAAUGGGCUUAUAUUUGUAUUGCCAGUCACAUUUUGCUAACAGCAGCCCUUCGGAACUAUGUCCUCAAGGUAAAUGAGGUGGAUGGUGAGAAACAGCUUGGGACCUUUGGUCAAUUAGGCUGUCUUCACUAGCUCCGAAUGUUGCAUUUCAUGGCCACCACAAAUUGGAAUCUGGUUAUUAUUAUCCGAACCCGAAGGAAACGGAACUUGUAAAAUCUGGGGUGAAGGGCAGGAAGUGCCAAUCUCAGACCUACUCCAGUGAGAUUUAGUUCCCUCUCAAAAAACAGCUGAAGUAAACUAAAAUUACCUGCUUUUUUUUUGUCCCAGUUAGGUAGGUGUAUCAGUAGUCUUAAAGCAGAAGACAUUUGAGGAACCAACCGUUCGAGGAUUAUGUAGUGUCAUUGAACUUGAUUAACAGGGUGACCAGAUUCAUAUUUUAGAAAGAUCCAGUGGCAACUCAGCAUAAACUUAAGGAAGGGAAAAUUAGAUAGGCUUUGCAGUUCUUUUUUUUUUUUAAUUUUAUUUAUUUAUCUUUUCCCCCAAAGCCCCAGUAGAUAGUUGUAUGUCAUAGCCGCACAUCCCUCUAGUUGCUGCACGUGGGAUGCGGCCUCAGCAUGGCCAGAGAAGCGGCGUGUCGGUGUGUGCCCGGGAUCCGAACCCAGGCCGCCAGCAGCGGAGUGCGCGCACUUAACCACUAAGCCACGGGGCUGGCCCAGGCUUUGAAGUUUUAACAAUUUUGAACGUUGAAAUGGAGACUCCAUAAACAUUAACAAUUUUAAAACCGAUUAAUUGUGGAGAGGAGUUUUCAAGGGUAAAGUUUUCCUAGCUUUGGUUGUUAGGUGGGUAAUAGUGCAUUUACAAAGUUGGGGAGCCAGGAGAUGGUUUUGUGGGGGGAAAAGUGAUGAGUUUGAGGAAGCUGGAGGAUGCUCAGCUGUGAACAUGUCCAGGAAGGCAGAUGGAUAUUCCAAGUCUGGCUUAGGCAUAUAGAGGAAGUCUCAAUGCCUGUCACUUUUGUAGGAGUUCAGUGAAUGUGUGGUAUUCUGAGUGGGAUAGACGAUGGUAGGAGAACAAUAGGAGUGGAUAAAUAAGUGGUAGGCAUUUGAACAAAGCAGGGAAAACAGAAGACAGAAUCCUUAGGAUAACUUGAGUAAAUGCAGUGGUGAACAAGCUCUUGCAAAUCCUUCUCCUUUCAACUGAUGUAAUGCAGCACUUGUAAAUUAGGGUUCCUUGUGCUCUCCUGCUCUCUUAAUGACGUUUGGUCAGGGCCAAGGUAGUCCUCAAGCUGAAGUUACCAUUGGAGGAGUCCCAUGUUUCACAGAAAUGAGCUUGAAUGGCUAGCAGCUUAUCUGCCAGACCAUUACAACAUCCUUCUGCCAGCAUGACACUACUGUUACACCUAGGAAGUUGAAGGUAACUGGUGCCUUUGUGGUCUUGUAGUGGAAGGAGCACAUGUUCUGAAAGUGCUGAUUGGUCUGGAAUCCCAACUUCCACUAAUUGUGGGUUGAUAGACACAUUCUACUCACUUGUAAAAUGCCCCACCCUUGUAUUGAGUACAUACAUGAUCUUUGCCAAUGAAUUGUAAAUUCUUGAGGAUUUUCAAUACUUUCCUACCCCUACAGUUCCUAGUAUAGUAAUUUACAAUAUUCAGUUCCUGUUGAAUGAAUGUUCCAGUUCAGUGCUUUCAGUUCUUAGUUUUAAUUCUUUGUUUCAUGUGCCACAGAGAGAUUUGUCCGAAUUUUCACUUUUUCAUACUUCCCUCACAUCUCAGUUUUGAAGGUAGUUUCCUUAAUGGCAAGUAUCCAACCAGUCUCGGUGGGUUAACGCAGUUGCAAUUCUUGGUUUUUAUAAAAGUUAAGGGAUGGAGUUGAAUAGUAAAGGGCACAUCAUUGAUUUUAUGUGAAAUGACUUUAAUUGGGAAAAAAUGCGCCUAAAAUUGGUGACUUAAGUAAAAAUGAAAAUUAUAUUCCAUUUGCCUUUUAUACAGAGGGCUACACCACAAAGGUUCUGCAGUUUAUAUGUCUUGUCUAAGCUACCUGGUAUCUAGUGGGUGCAUAUCUUUUAGAUGAAAAAUUGAGUUAAAGACUGAAAUACUGCCUCACUAAAGACACCCACAUACCACCAUCCACUACCAUCAACAUCCACUAAUCUUCCCACAGGCUAACUCACGUGGGCCGCUAAACGGCAUUUAUUGGCCGGCUUCGCGCAAUGAGACGCGAUGGACGUGAUGCGGCUCUCAUCUUCCGCGGUGAACUUGUGGGUGACGCUAGCCAAUCGAAAAGCUUGUUUCCGACGGCCGCUCCCUCCACCUGCCCAGAGCGGCGAGGGGCGGGGCUGGCGCCGAGCGCGGAGGCGUCGCGUACUCCAUGGAAACGACGCUCGGCCCGAAGAUGGCGGCCGAGUGGGGCGGAGGACCGGGGUCCUCGGGUUCAGGCCCGGGCCCUACCCGGUGUCGCUGGAGCGGUUCUUUAUGGGUCCGAGGCGUCUUACUCCUGUUGGGCGGGCUCUGGGCAAGCGCCACAUCUAUUCCUGUCUCCUUGGGCAGUUCCCCUCCCUGCCAGCACCACGUCCCCUCUGACACUGAGGUCAUAAAUAAGGUCCAUCUGAAAGCAAAUCAUGUUGUAAAGAGAGAUGUUGAUGAACAUUUAAGAAUCAAGACUGUCUAUGAUAAAAGUAUUGAAGAGUUGCUCCCUGAGAAAAGAUACCUUCUAAUGAACAAGCUUUUUCCACAAGCUAUUUCUUAUUUAGAGAAGACUUUUCAGGUUCGUAGACCUGCGGGCACUAUCUUACUUAGCAGACAAUGUGCAACAAGCCAAUACCUACGGAAGGAUAAUGAUCCCCAUAGAUACUGUACUGGAGAAUGUGCAGAGCAUACAAAAUGUGGCCCAGUUAUAGUGCCUGAGGAGCACCUCCAGCAAUGCAGGGUGUGCCGUGGGGAUAAGUCGCCCUGUGAAGCAGUGGGUAUGCAAGACCAAGAGGGCAUCCUGGAUGCAGACUUUGUUCUUUAUGUUGGUGCUCUGGCCACUGACAGGUGCAGCCAUGAAAACAUCAUCUCUUAUGCAGCCUAUUGUCAGCAGGAAGCAAAAAUGGACAGGCCAAUAGCAGGAUACGCUAACCUGUGUCCAAAUAUGAUCUCUACCCAGCCUCAGGAGUUUAUUGGGAUGCUGUCCACAGUGAAACAUGAGAUUAUUCAUGCCCUGGGUUUCUCUGCUGGGCUGUUUGCAUUCUACCAUGAUAAAGAUGGAAAUCCUCUAACUUCAAGAUUUGCAGAUGGUCUCCCACCUUUUAAUAACAGUCUUGGAUUGUAUCAAUGGAGUGAUAAAGUAGUUCGAAAAGUGGAGAGAUUAUGGGAUGUUCGAGAUAAUAAGGUAGUUCCUCACACUGUGUAUCUUCUAGUAACACCUCGUGUUGUCGAUGAAGCACGAAAACAUUUUAACUGUCCAGUUCUGGAGGGAAUGGAACUGGAAAAUCAAGGUGGUAUGGGCACUGAGCUCAACCAUUGGGAAAAGCGGUUAUUAGAGAAUGAAGCAAUGACUGGUUCUCACACUCAGAACCGAGUCCUGUCUCGAAUCACUCUGGCGUUAAUGGAGGACACUGGUUGGUAUAAGGCUAAUUACAGCAUGGCGGAGAAGUUGGACUGGGGCCGAGGAAUGGGCUGUGACUUUGUCAAGAAGAGCUGUAAAUUCUGGAUUGAUCAGCAGAGACAAAAGAGGCAGAUGCUGAGCCCUUACUGUGACACACUCAGAAGUAAUCCAUUGCAGCUAACCUGCAGGCAGGACCAGAGGGCAGUUGCAGUGUGUAAUUUGCAGAAGUUUCCAAAGCCUUUACCUCGAGAGUACCAGUACUUUGAUGAACUCAGUGGAAUACCCGCAGAAGAUUUGCCUUAUUACGGUGGUUCAGUAGAAAUUGCUGACUACUGCCCUUUCAGUCAAGAAUUCAGCUGGCAUUUAAGUGGUGAAUAUCAGCGCAGCUCAGAUUGCAGAAUAUCGGAAAAUCAACCAGAUCUUUUUAAAAACUAUGGUGUUGAAAAGUAUGGACCUCAUUCAGUUUGUCUACUUCAGAAAUCAGCAUUUGUCAUGGAAAAGUGUGAGAGGAAGCUGAGUUACCCAGACUGGGGGAGUGGAUGUUAUCAGGUUUCUUGUUCUCCACAAGGUCUGAAGGUCUGGGUCCAGGAUACUUCAUAUUUGUGUAGUCGGGCCGGGCAAGUCCUCCCUGUCAGUAUUCAGAUGAAUGGCUGGAUUCAUGAUGGAAACCUGCUCUGCCCAUCAUGUGGGGACUUCUGCGAGCUCUGUCCUCCAGAAACAGAUCCUCCAGCUACUAACUUGACCCGAACUCUACCACUGGAUCUCUGUUCCCGUUCCUCUAGCCUGGUGGUCACCCUCUGGCUUCUUCUAGGCAAUCUAUUUCCACUGCUGGCUGGAUUUCUUCUGUGUGCGUGGCAUUAGGAAUGGAAAAGUGAAUUCUCAAGACAUUCCUUUGUGUCAUGUUCCUCUGAACAAAGCACAAAAUCUGGGCAAGUGCCAGCCUAUGCAGAUGGCAGAAGUGGCAUUCCUGACUUAGGCCUGGAAGUGUCGACCACAGUCAGACCUUGAAGCAGAGCUUCACCACAGUCACUCUUCAUCAGCAACCCAGCAGCCUCAGAGCUUGGAGAAGGAGAGGGAAUUCUAAGUCACCAAGUCUCUUUAUUUUUCAGGAUAUACAACUUUCCUGAAGUUUUCCUUUGAAAAUGAAAUAAUUGGUGAAAUUUUCAGAGUGAUUACAUACCUCAGCAUUUUCAUUAACCUGAAACGAUGGGAAGUUCAUCAAUACUGCAAUAAUUUAAAGAAUAGCUAAUUAUUGCAAGUUACAAGUUGUGAAUCCUGUCCUCAAAAGUGUAAAUUGUCUUUUGACUUCCAGAAAAUAAUUGAAUUGGGAUUUCUGCAUCACAUUAUACCUGUUUUGAAUUUAAUGGCUGUACAUGGUACCCUUAAAUCAUUGUUGUCAUUGUUCUAAAAAGUGUUUUUUUUUUUUGAGGGAGAUUAGCCCUGAGCUACCAUCUGUUGCCAAUCCUCCUCUUUUUUUUGCUGAGGAAGAUUGGCCCUGGGCUAACAUCUGUGCCCAUCUCCCUCUACCUUAUAUGGGACGCCACCACAGCAUGGCUUGAUAAGUAGUGGGUAGGUCUGCGCCCAAGAUCCAAACCUGUGAACCCCAGGCCACCCAUGCGGAGCAUGCAAAUUUAACUGCCACGUCACCGGGCUGGCCCCUAAAAAGUUGUUUUUUAAAUUAUGUUUUGCUAAAUCUUGUGAUUUCACCUUUUUCAAACCAGCCUGUGUGGCAGUUUACUGCUGAACCGUUAUGUGUUGGUAGCCCUCUUCCAGCUGUGUCUGUACUCGUUGAUCUUCAAUGCUCAGCUUCCAGUUAUAUUCUCCAUUUGUUUAAUCAUGACUUGAAAAACUGCGGAAACAGAGAGAGAAAAGUACUCUGCCCUGUAAAAACACUGGAGACAUGCAAACAGAGGAAAACGUAUUGUAUGGUUUUCAGAUAAUAGUUAUGACAACUGUAAUGCAACAAAAGUAGAACUCUUCCUUUUUGACCAAUGAAGAUAAAAAGAAAUUCUGUUAUAGACAGGUAUGCAGUUAUUUUCAAGUGAUCUUAGAAAUUGUGACAGAAUUUCUACUAUCUGAAAAUUAUUUUAUAUAUAAGAAGAAAAAUAUAAGCAAAACAAGAUGGUCUGAAUUGUUUACUAAUAGCAAAGUGUAGGUUUGGCAUAGGGCCUAUCCAGUAGGGUCCACUUUACCACACAACAUGUGACAGUCCACCAAAGUGGGAAGAUUGCCUCUGCUGUAAAAGGAGGUGGUGUCCUUUGCCUCCUGCAUUUGACACUCCUCCUAUUACUACAUAGACUCUGGUCCCCAGAAGCGAUUCUGCUCUGGUACCAGAGCUUAUUAACCCCACUUAGUAAUUCUAAUUUGAAAUUCUUUAGUGAUGAGUGAUGCACAGUUUUUCUCUCUAAAGCUAAUGAAGUCCUGUGGCAUUAUAAACACAGCCCUUGGACAAGCAUUUAUUCAUUCAUUCAUUCAUUUGUUGGCCCUUUAACUCAGCAUAUAGGUAUUGAACUCUCCAUUUAAGAAAUUGUGCUAAGUAGCAAGCAGCAUAACUACUAGGGAGUAAUUCCAACUGACUAUUUGGCACUGGAGCCAAACAGCAACCCCAGCAUAAAGGAAAGUCACCAUUUUUUAAUGCAUAAAUUUAAAAUACCUAUUUGCG